UGCGCAGCCCUGGUCCACACACAAACAAAAAUCAGCUGCUGCGAUUGGGUUUUCCUUUGAUUUUACAGAAAAAAAGGAAAAACUAGGAAAACAAAGUGUCAGGUGAACAAAUUAUGCUGUACUGAUUACGAGCGCACAAGCAAACACAACGAUAAAGAUAAAACCCGGCGAGAUAACACAACCCAAAGGUGCCAAACAUGCUGUCCUACAUAAAGCGCAAGCUCUCGGAAUCGGACGGCGGCGUCAAUUCUGGCACAACCGUGACGUCGUCGUGCGGCGGGAAUAGUGGAAGUGGGAGCGGUACGGGCGGUACAGGCGGAGCGAGCAGCGGUAUCAGCACCAGCGGACGCAGCAACAACGCCGACGAGUUAGUGCGCAAAACGAGCCAGAUGUCGAUGGAUGAGGAGGCGAUUGCCUUCGGCGAGGAUGCACUACUCCACGAACUGGGCUACAGGAAUGCCACGGAUCUGCAGGAGACCAUCUACGAUCUGCUGCGCAGCAUUCGCGAUCCCGAGAAACCGUGUACUUUGGAGGACCUGAAUGUCAUCUACGAGGAUGGGAUUUUCGUGAUGCCACCUACGCGCUCUAAUGUCUCAGUUGUACGCAUUGAGUUUAAUCCCACAGUGCCCCAUUGCUCGCUGGCCACGCUUAUUGGACUCUGUAUACGCGUGAAAGUGGAACGUGGACUUCCGCACAAUAUAAAACUAGACAUAUACAUCAAGAAGGGAGCCCACCAAACGGAGGAAGAAAUUAAUAAGCAAAUCAAUGACAAGGAGCGCAUCGCUGCAGCCAUGGAAAACCCCAAUUUGCGAGAACUGGUCGAGAACUGUAUCAAGGAUGAGGAGUAGCUCUCUUCGCUCUGGUUUUGUGUAUAUAGGGGACUUUUUAAGGAAUGUCUAGGGUUAAGUAUACUAUUAAGUUGCAUCAUGGACUGUGUGCUUAGCAUUAAAGCCCUUAAAAUCUGUUAAUCGCUGAGUUGGGCCGGCGUGAUUUCACCUGAAUAUCGAUUGCUUAACGUCCUAUCUA